CGCACUUGCACAAUGGCUGGCAGGUGGACCAGGCCAUCCUGUCGGAGGAGGACCGCGUGGUGGUCAUUCGCUUCGGCCACGACUGGGAUCCCACGUGCAUGAAGAUGGACGAGGUGUUGUACAGCAUCGCCGAGAAGAAAUGGCAGAUUAAAGGGGGGGAUCCUUCCUCAUCCUCUUGCUUACGAGCCAUGUUUGGAUCUCGCAGCUGUUGUAAAGAAUUAUGGAACACUAUACAUAAGUCCCUGUGGUCUACAAGGAAAUACUUUCUCAGAAGUUCCGGUGAUUAAAUGAAACUACUGCAAGAAUUUUUACUUAGGCCGCACUACACUUGAAUAUUGGUGAAAAACUUUGCUGUUAUUUAUCUUGUGGAUAUUACAGAAGUACCAGAUUUCAACAAGAUGUACGAGUUGUAUGAUCCCUGUACAGUCAUGUUUUUCUUUAGGAACAAACACAUCAUGAUUGAUUUAGGAACAGGUAACAACAACAAAAUUAAUUGGGCAAUGGAAGACAAGCAAGAAAUGAUUGACAUUAUAGAAACAGUUUAUAGAGGAGCCCGUAAAGGUAGAGGUCUGGUGGUGUCACCAAAAGACUAUUCUACCAAGUAUAGGUACUGAUAUUCUUGGACACUUUCUUUUAGUCCACCUCCACAGUCGCCAAACUAUCUUUUUUGUAUAUAAGAUUUGAAGAUCAUUUUUUUUUUUUUAUUGUGGACGUAUUUUGAACUCUUAUUUAAAAGCUGUCAAGUUCAGUUUGAGAAAAUAGAAGACAUGAAGUCUGGAACUAUUUGACUGCAGAAAUAUAGCUGAAUUAUUCUUUUGGAUUAAAAAAAUUAAACUCUCAAAUGUCAGCCUCAGUAUGAUGUAUUUUUGUAAAAAAAUAAAAAUCUAAGAUGUAGGGAAGAACAGUUCAAAUGAGUAUAUGUUGGAAAACAGUAUGGCUUUUUUAUGGAAUAAACCAAUUACGGAUGUUA